ACAGAGCGUUUGUGUGACAAUUCAGUUGACUUGAUGAUAAAUUCCUUAAUUUAACAUCUGAUCUGUUCAACGACGACGAAAACAAAGGCCCAGUCAUAAAUACAUAAUAUUAGAAGAAUUGAGGAAAAAAAUUGCGUAUUCCUAAAAUUUGUUUUAUUUUUCUUAUCGUCGAUAAUGAUGAAUAUGAAACAUAAUAUUUAUUCAAUCAGAUGAUAUUCAGUGCGUUCAGUGUAGUUGGAUUGUUCAAGAUUCUGAGAAACAUAUAAAACAAAUCAAUAUCGUUGAGAAAAGCCUUAAAACUCCGAAUCGUUCUCAAUUGAUUGUAUAUUUUGAUUUUACGUCAUUAAUAUUACGAAAAUAUUUUGCAUUCAGAAUGGAUGAUGUAAAACUUUUGACCACGUUGAAAAUUUUAAUCAUUGGUGAAAGUAACGUGGGCAAAUCGAGUUUACUUCUACGUUUCACGGAUGACGAAUUCGACCCUGACCAGAGCUUGACCAUUGGGGUUGAUUUUAAAACAAAAAUCAUAAAUGUCGACGACAAUUACGUGAAGUUGGCUUGUUGGGAUACUGCUGGUCAAGAAAGAUUCCGCACGUUGACACCAAGCUAUUAUCGUGAUGCCCAAGGUGCAAUUUUAGUAUACGAUAUAUCGAAAGCAGGCACAUUUCAAAAGUUGGAAUCAUGGUUGAAUGAACUCGAAAUUUAUGGCACAAAACCAAACAUGAUCAAAAUGGUUGUUGGCAAUAAAUUGGAUCAGACGCACAGAGAAGUGAGUCGCGAUGAGGGGAUUCGUUUUGCCAAAAAGCACAGGACGUUGUUCCUUGAAACCUCAGCCAAAACCAAUGAAGGUGUUAAAGAAACAUUCGAAGAAGUUGUUCGCAAAAUCCUCGAAACAGGACACUUAUGGGAUAACCAUGCAGAAUCUGAUGCAUCGAGAUUCAACCUAAAUGGCGGCGACCAUGAUGCACACGAAGGAGCCUCUUAUUGCAGUGGAGUUUCGUGUUCUUUAACCUAAUAAGCGCUGCUUAAAGUGUAGUUUGAUCACUUGUUUAUUCUAUAAAAACAUUUUUUGUAUUUGAUGCUUAACCAUUGAAAAACUGGAGUUGUAAACUGUGCUAACAUCUAAAAUGAUUUUUUAAAUUUUCUAUGGAAUAAUAAUAAUAUUAAAAUAUAUGAUUGGAAUACAGUUUUUGAAAAUUAAAUGUUGCCUUGUAUAUGAACAAAUGACACUUAGCUCUGAUGGAUGGUCCAUUGUAUAUGAACACAUUCAAGCCAAUAUAUGUGCAAUUUAUUUAAAUACCUUCAGAUUAUAUUGGUUGGAUGAAAGAAGCAAAUAAAAAUGGUUCGAGUUCGUU